UCUAUCUAUCUAUCUAUCUAUCUAUCUAUCUAUCUAUAACAUUCUACUGUGAAUCUAUGCUGACAUCUAGUGGGCAUUCUCAGUCAUUACUGUUGUACCUUGACAAAAAGUUUUGUACGUCAUUUAACCUUUGAGCAUUACUUUAAUUGAAACUUAUCUCUGUUAAGCUUGUCCAGCCUGAUUAGUAACUACAAGUAUUUUUUUUUUAUUGUCAUUUGCAGUUUAACAUGGCCUCGUGUUGUACUUUGAAAACCGAGCUAUUUGCACAAAAAGAACAAAAUAUCUGCACAAAACAUUGCGGUAUUAUUUGAGUAUUUAAUGGAUCAUGACAUGGUGAAACCGCACAAUAAUUUUCAGUAAAUGGAUGCAUGGCGUGAAAAACCUGUUCACUAGCCAAUCAAAACAACCAUCGGUCUCUGAUGCAGGCGCUUUACGUAACCUACGACUCUGCGUAGGAAGAGUCAUCAGCAUUGCAGCUCCAAACAGCGGCUGUAGCUCAGUGGCUACACACCCUCUUAUUUCUCCUCUAUCAGACGUUGGAGGAAAGAAAACACCAGCUCAACAUAGCAGUCAGCUUUCAGCGUAGGAUUUAUUUUCGUCGGGAAAAGACGAUAAUGGCAGCAGCAUGCUCUUCUCUGGACCCGGACCUAAUGAGGGAGGUUCUCGAAUGCCCUAUCUGCCUGGAGACUUACAACCAGGAUCAACUCAGACCCAAACUCCUGCAGUGCGGGCACACUGUGUGUCGACUUUGUCUGGAGAAACUGUUGGCUAAUACCAUCAAUGGUGUCCGAUGCCCCUUCUGCAGCAAGGUCUCCAGGAUGAGCAGCAUCUCCCAGUUGGCAGAUAAUCUUACAGUACUGAAAAUAAUAGAUUGCACUUUGACCUGCAGUGCUGCUGCCGCGGCGCUAAUGUGCAAGUCCUGCGGCAACCGGCUACCAAGACAGUUCUGCUAUGACUGCACCACAGUUCUCUGUGAGGUCUGUAAAGAGGAUGGCCACCUGCAUGAAGGCCAUGCAGUUCAGCCGAUAAAAGUGGCCGCUGAGCAGCGCCGUAAAGAACUGAGUGGAAGACUGGCUGCCCUCCGUGACGUUAUGGGUAAUAUUCAGAAGAAAAAGACAACACUUGAAAACAUUUCCAAGAGCUUGAGACAAAAGUACCGGGCGGUUCAGCAAGAGUAUUCUACAGCAGAGCUACAUCUUCAGGAAGAACUCAGCAAAUCUCGAAGGACAUUCACAGCCUCUUUGGGAGAAGUGGAAAAACUCAAUGCACAGGUUCUUGAGGAGCAGACAUAUCUUCUUAACCUCGCAGAGGUAAAAGUGGUUUCACGUUGCGAUUAUCUGACUGUAAGGGUAAGACAGAGUGACAUUGCCUUAUUAAAGGACGAUGGCGCAGGAAGUGAUGAUGAAGAGCUGGACCUCAGAAGCAGUUUACCCACAGAGUUCCAGCUACAAGAGCCAACACUAGCCAGAGCAGAACACUCUAAUCCCAUAGAAGUGAGCUGUUUGACCACAAACACUUACACAGUCAAUACUGAUGACGAGAAAGGUGGGUUAGAAACAAUGUUGGAGUUUAAAGCAGAGGAUGCGCCCUUUGCCGCUACAGGUGGUUGUGUAAUGGUUCCAGGGGAUCUUUACCGUGAUGUUGACAUGGUUUCAGCUGUAGAUGAGACAGUAUGUGGUUCACCAAGUAGCUUUAAGUCAAAGUCCAUGGAUGCAGGUGGGGAAACUGCGGGGGCUAGUUCCAGGCCACCAGUAUGCCAGUUUGUAAAGAAGAUGGGCUGUAAAGGAGCGCUGCCUGGAAUGUUUAAUUUACCCAUUAGCAUUUGUGUUUCACCACAAGGUGAUAUUCUGGUGGCCGAUCGAGGAAACUGCCGUGUCCAGAUUUUCAAUCGUAAAGGAGUGCCGCGCGAAAUCCGACGCAAUGCAAGCAUAGACAACUUUGUCCUGAGCUUCUUUGGUGCUGACCUGCCUAACCUUAUCCCGUUAUCCAUAGCUGUGACUCCUCAAGGCCUGAUUGGUGUUACUGACAACUAUGAUAAUUCAGUUAAAGUCUACACCAUGGAUGGGCAUUAUGUGGCCUGCCAUAAAAACCAGCUGAUUAAACCCUGGGGAAUUACUGCCAUGCCAUCAGGCCAGUUUGUGGUGUCAGACGUGGAAGGCGGAAAGCUGUGGUGCCUUGCAGUAGACCGCAAUGUAGGUGUAGUCAGCUAUAACCGAUUGUGCUCUGCAGUCCGGCCAAAGUUUGUGACAUGUGAUGCAGCAGGAACCGUGUACUUUACCCAAGGCCUGGCCCUGAACUUCGAAAAGCGCCAGAACGAGCCCCACUUCGAAGGAGGCUUCUCCAUUGGCUCAGUGGGUACCGAUGGCCAGCUGGGGAAACAGCUCAGCCACUUUUUCUCCGAAACAGAGGACUUCCGCUGCAUCACUGGCAUGUGUGUGGAUGUCAACGGUGAUUUGCUGGUCACUGACAGUGGAAGGAAAGAAAUUCUUCAGUUUCCCAAAGAAGGAGGAUUUAACAUUCUGAUCCAAGAAGGACUGACCUGUCCCGUGGGAGUGGCCAUCACCCAGAAAGGACAGCUGCUAGUGCUUGAUUGUUGGGACCACUGUGUCAAAGUCUUUACAUACAUUCAAAGGAGGCAUUCUUCAACUUCCUAGAAACAUUUUUCCUUCCUGUGAACUUAAGAGAUUUAGUGGGUGUGUAUGGUUGGUCUGGUUGAAGUUUGAGAAGAGAUAACACUAUUAAUUGUCUCUGUAGUGUAGCUGCAGCCAAUACUAUUUUAUUUCCCAGCUUGGUUCCCAGGUGGCUUAUUAUAUUUAUCUCUAUAGCAAGUUGUCUAAGUAGAUCAUGAAAAACAAGCCAUUGGUGUUUAAGCUAUGAAGCACAAAGAGCCAACAUUCCCUUCUAUAUUAGCCUUGGUGUCCCCAUUCAAGCAUGACUGUGCGACUUACUGCAAUUUGAUUGAGAAAAAUUUGUCAGAGGGGUAGAAAAUAUUUUCAGAUUUACAUAUAAAACCAAGGCUGUUGGCCUGCGAUGCACUUUAUUAUUGACUUGUCACUCUGUCCCAUUAUUAGGUUUUAGUAGCACACUAACUAUUUCUACUGAAUGCAGCUGGCAGCUUUAAAAUUUACUUGACCUGUCUCUAAUGGCAAAAAGUAACUAGGAAUCAGCUUUCAUUCUGUAAUAUUCAGGGAAAAUUAUAUGUUAAAUAUUUACUUCUUAUAAAAAAGAGUAUUUAACCAUAAAAUCAUAACCUGAUGUGGUGUGGAGUUAGAGGUACAUCUCCAGAGAUAAUUGUAAUAUUGUGCAAAAGUUCAAUAUAUUUUGUCAUUCCUUUCAGAAAUUGAAAGUCAUAUAUUACAUAGAAUAAUAAAGUGAAAAUGUCAAGCCUUUGUUUCUUGUAGUGUCAAUCCUUAUGACUUAUAGAUAUAAUAAAAGGGAAUAUUUAAAACAGAAAUAAACACUUCUGAAAAGUACUCAAUACCUGGCUUUUACAUGAAUAACUGCAGUAAUGCAACAUGGCGUGGAGGCAAGUAGCCUGUGGCUUUGCUGAUAUGUAAUUAAAGCCCAGAGUGAUAUGAUAGCUGCCUUCAGGCCAUCUGCCUUGUUGGGUCUAAUGUCUUAUCUUCCUCUUAUCUACAACCCGUUGGUUCUCUGUGAGCUUCAAUUCCAGCCAGAUUUCUGGCGCUACCCUAAGUGUGGACGUGUGCUUAGAAAUCGAAUCGGUUCAGGAUAGCAUUUGUCUGUGUGUAAGUGGCUCUUGAUGCACUGUCUCUAGCCUCAAUCUGCUCUAUGUGAAGCUUCCUCAAUUCUUUAAAGCAUUUUGCUUGACAAUCCUUUUAAGGCUAUGGUUCUCUUUAUUGCACCUUUUCCUACCACCCCUUUUUUCUUUCACUCAACUUUGUACAUGUACAUAUUUGGAUAUACACUCUUAGAAAUAGUCCUUUUGUGACUUACCUCACUGUGAAGCAUGUCAGUGACUGUCUUCUGGAUAUAUGUCAAAUCAUCAUUCUUCCCCAUGAAUGUGUAGCCCACUGACUCAGAAUAAAACCAUUUAGAGCCUAAGAAAAGGAAAACUUUGCAGGUGUUUUGAGUUAAUCAGCUGAUUAAGGUUUCACAAUGAGUUGCCAAUAUUUAACUCUAUUACUAUAUUAGCAUUUUUUGAAACACCAAAAUUUUAGUUAUUGCAAAUUAAUUAUCAAAAUUAAAGAAAUAAGGGCUUGAAAUAUUACUAUGUGUAAUAAAUGUAUAUAAUAUAGGAUUAUCACUUUCUGAAAUGAGUGACGCGAAAUAUUAAACAUUUUCCACAUAAUUCAUAUUUUGUUAGAUGUACCUGUUUAAGAUUCAUUGAAAUAACAUUGUAGAAUUUCUUUUUUGAUUUUAAUUAUUUUUACUUUGUAAAUCAUAUAUAUUGAAUAUACAAUGAUGCAAUCAAAGUCCAUCUACCUUGCUCCAAAUUUUAGUCAAUUCAUGGUUUAUUGCCUGGGUCAGACCUCUUCAUCUCCAUUUGAUUCUACCAGCAUAGUGCCAGUUUUCUCAAGGUUGACAGAUCUGUGUGUGUAAUAACCAGAGAAGAGAUGUUCUUAUAUUCCAAAUGAGCUGUGAUGAUUUGAGUGAUGGAAACUAAAAUAGGGCAUACUUUUCCAUGUUUCAAAAUAUGAUGUGCUAAAUGCUGCCAUUUCAGGCCUUUUUGAGACAUUUUUAUAUGUACAAGUCUACUAGUAGAAACACAGACAAAAAGACUGUUUUUUUUUUUUAAGAUGAAUUAAGCAUGUUAGUGCAAUUUGCAAAGGGUGUAUGUCCAUUCUAGUUGGAUCACAAACAUUUACUAACUCAGUCUCAUCGUCCACUCAUACAUGACUUGUUAGAAGACUAGAGUAAUAUUGGGUGAAUUUUCUUUUUGACAAGACUCUGGAAGUGUUUGGAAUUUCUAGUGCAUGUUGAUCAACUUUUAAUGGUUUUUAUUCUAUUAGGAGUGGAAUAAUGUUUACUGUAUACAAUACAGUUUUGCAGGAAGUGAACACAAAAAUUAAAGGAAAACAAAGAUGUAGAUUGGUGCCACAAAACUCACAUGUAACUGGCUAAGUGAGUUGUGGCACUUUUCUUUGGGGGUUUAUUGUUGUUUGUUCAGUGGUAUCGUAUCAUCAGACAGAAUAUACUUUUUGUUCUUGCUAUUCCAGGAGAGGCAUGUACAUCAGAGCUGGGUCAAAAGCCUGAUAAGAAAGCAUAAGGUUGAACAUUCAGUGUCCCAAAGGUGGUUUAUGUCUUACUAUGAUACAUCAUCACAGAGAACUUUCACUUGGUAAAAGAUCAAAUAUAAAAGGCAAUCAUUUCUAUUUAUCAUGACUAUCUGAAGUGCUACACUGUCAAGUACCUUUUUGUGAGAAUUGUGACAGGGAAGAAAUUCUUCCAAUAUUUGAAGCCAAUGUGAAGUUAAUAAUAAACUUGUAGAGUACUUUUUUGAAAAGUAACAGUUUAAUAUUUGUUCUUUUAUUUUUUAGUGUGAAAUUGGCAGUGGAAUGAAUUAAAGUUUUAAUAAAGUUUGAAGAAGCCAGAGUUACAUCUGUGAAGGAAAUCAUUAAAUCUAGUUAAUCAUGCCUUUAACAAACAACAUCCCAAACAUUUCAUUUUGUUGAAGAGAAAAUUGUCGAAAGCCUUGAGAGCAAUAUAAUUAGCAAUAUGUGUAAUUUAUGCACUCAGUUGUUCUUUGAGGCAUUACCCAGCACAGAUGUAGUGUAACCAUAUCAUAGGCAAUGAGUAUGGAAAGUCUUCAUGCCUGAGAUUUUUGUUCUUCCCAUGUAAAAUACCCAAACCUGGGUUCAUGUUUGUGAUUUGUUCUGUUCUCCUCUUUUUAAAAAAAAUAUAUUACAUGCAUAGAUCCAUAACUGCGUACAGAGCUGAUAAGUAACACUGUGACAUCACUUAGUAUGAUCUCAGUUGAUUUGGCUUGUUGAGUAAAAGCAAAAGUUACUCUGCACAAGCUGGACCUGAAACUUAGUAAAGCCUGAGCUUUACUCCAGAUGCAGAGGACCAUUUCAUUGUGGCUAUAUGAGCCAAUCCACAGACACAGUUAAGACCAUAGCUGAAAGCAAUAUGAAGAGUACCAAAGAAAAGAUGAGUAGAAGUACAACAAAACAAAUGGUUUUUCAUCUUUCCCUUCUGUAAAGAACAAUUUCCCUUACACCAUUGUGCAUUGUACAUUAACUAUUAACUACUCACAAAUUUUGGCAAUAAAAUUAGACACAUUGAAGCCAUCAACACAUCUUUUAUCAAGGUUUUUAGUUUCUUAUAACUAUGGAAUGCUCUGAGUUUAGGCAUGGUCUCAUAAGAGACCCAUGUGGUAUGAUAAUCUUGAAUAAAAAUAUCAUAUUCAUAAUAUUUACACAGGUAUUACAAAACAAAAAUGUAUAACAUGAUAGUUAUUCUAAACAGCGAAACAGAACGUAUUCAUAAUACUGCUAAAAUAUUAUUUGGAAUAUAAUCAUGUUCAUCAUUUAUAGUGAUUAAGUGCAAGAAUAGAAUAACAUCCUACAAAGUUAGCAGUAGUUUACCACCUUGACAUUCACCAAGUUAAUAUUAACUGGUUCUACGGUUUUGCAGAUAUGCUUUUCAUUGUUUGCAAAUUUAUUAUAAAACGGCAUCUUGAAAAAAGGGACAGGUACUGAUUUAGUGUCUAUGACACACUUAUUUUUUUAAGACACCAAUAUUUUCAAAUUGGUGAUGCGUUUUCUCUUUCUUAAAUGAAGGGAAAAUAUAGGAGUCUUCCGUCAGCAUGCUGACCUGAAGUUCACAGUAAAAAUGUAGGCAAUUUUCCUUACACCCAGACAUUAGUCACUAUGGUAUAUUCCAUGUAUACUCUCAAUACUCUGUUUAUUAUCCCCUGUCUUCUGUAUAUUUGUCUUUCCCAAUACAGAUUUGCUCAUUUGAGCAUUAUUUAUAAUUACCUAAAAGUUAAUGUUCCCAAGACAACCUUUACUCUGCAUAUUUAUCCCCAUCUAUUGUAAGGAACAUAAACUUAAAACUAAAGACAAGUUAGAUUAGAGUAUCAGUUCAAGUUUGCCAUAGACAUUUUCUUUUUGUCAUUAGAUAUUUGUCCAUCACUUUAUUUUCUUGCAAAUCCAUCUCUGUACUAAAUACAUUUUGAUCUAUAUGAGAUCUAUAUUUGAUCAACUGCAUGUCAUUCUUACCAUAAAAAUCCUCUUAAUGAUCACUUGAAGCAGUAACAAAAUAACCAAGAAUAACAGUUACAGAAAAAAAGCUUCAAAUGUUUGAAAAGUUAAGUGUCCUUGUUUCAGUGUGGUCAGUUGUUGAGUGUCUCACAUGCUCUAAAUAUGUCCUUUAUAACAGAUGCAGAGUUGUUAAUUCAUAUUAUUAUACAGCAUUUUGUUUAAAGUGAAUCAAACUCCCAUGUUGUUCAUUGGUGUAAUCAAAAUCAUGUUUGUAUUGUUGAUAAUCCUGAGUGCAAUAAACAUUGUCAACCAGUAAAUUAAAA